AUGAUUCGAGUGUGUGAGAAUCGUUCACUGGCAAGAAUGCCGUGGAGAAUUUACCGGGAUGAUUUCAGAGUGAUUAACGAGGACGAAGUUAAGUCUAUGCUAUCGAUUGGAUCGACGUCAACAAAGCUGUCGAAUUCGACGUCAUUCGCCAAGCACCAUGCCGUGCUUGGUACAAACACUCAUGCCUCAUUUCAUGUCUAUCCCCAACGACGUCCAAUCACUUUCAACCGCGUUGACAUGCAGUUAUUGACAUUGAUGAAGCAAUCAAUCCAUGACAACUUGAAUCCAUUCCUUGGCAUGUCAUUCAACGAGAAAGAUGAAAUGAUACUGCUAUGGAAAUAUUGCUCACGUGGUACUGUGCAGGACAUCAUAUACAACAAAGAGAUGGUACUGGAUGCCAAGUUCCACGGCGCUUUCAUCAGAGACAUUACAUUGGGUUUGGAAUAUCUCCACUCGUCUCCUAUCGGGUUCCACGGUUCACUUACCCCAUGGGCUUGUCUAAUCGAUCGAAACUGGAUGGUUAAACUGACAGACUUCGGAAUCGCUGAUGCUUUGGAGCGAUGGGAAAAACAAGGUUUGAUUGCAACGGAAACAUUGAAAGAAGGUGAUGACGAGGGGAAGAGCGGUUCUCUGCAGAAAACAAGUAAGUUUUAG